AUGUUUCAACCCAAUCAAAGUUAAAUUAAGUACCACAAUUAAUUUGGUGCCACAUCUGCUGUGUAUUUCUCACAACAACAAACAUCAAGAGACAAAACAAGGGAUGCUUCAGAAAAUAAACAAAUGCUUUAAUACCCAGCUUCUCAAAUAGUCUACGGCCCAUCAAUGAAAUUCAAUUCACCAGUGCAUAGCAACAUUGCAUUUCGUAAAACAUCUAAAGAAUUGAACAUUACUAUAGAAGAUCCUUAGGUGUGUUAAUAAAUACGCUAGCCAUCUCCGAACGUCAAAAAGCAAAGGGAAUAAAUGGAAAAGGAUUGGAAUAAAUUAAUUGACAAAUCUAAGACUCUCUAAGAAAACUUAGUAUUGCUGAAAAACAAUAUCAGUAUGAACUUAAACAAAAAGUAACCUGAACAACGCUCAACUAAAGAGUCAACCUCUACAACUGCUGGUUUAUCAUCCAGGAUGAAAUUACAGAAAGUAAAUGUCACUUGUAAACUGAAUUCUCCAUUCAAGGCUCAACCUAAAUUAGAAGCUUGUAAGAGUUUGAGCCAAAAUGCAUUUGGUAAUCUCAAAUUUGGUUCAAAUGCUCUUAAAAACCCAACAAUAAUAAACAACACAAGUUCUAUUAAUUACGUGAGUAUGAACAAUAAUUAUGCUAAAAAGCUAUUAGAUGAACUUCAAUCAAAAAAAGCUAACUCUCAAAGUCAAAUCCAAAAAUAAACCAACCCACUCUAUAUCUAAAUAGAAAAUAAAUUGAAAUUAAAAAUAAGUUCAUUUUUAGGAAGAGGAAAAUUUAGUGAUGUUCACAUGGCAAUAGAUAAUAGAACUGGUCUGAUUUUUGCAUUGAAAAUUAUAAAAAAAUAAACAGUUAUUGAUCAUGAAAUGCAGUAAUAAUUAGCAAGAGAAAUUACUAUCCAAUCUAAAUUAUCACAUCCUAAUAUAGUCAAAAUGUUUGGAUAGAGUUAUGAUUAACAAUACAUUUACAUGAUGUUAGAAUUUUGCAAUAAUGGCGAAUUAUUCCAACAUCAAUAUAAACAACCUAAUAAAAGAUUCAGUGAGAAGGAAGCCAGUAAUUUUAUAAUGUAAAUUCUGUCAGCUAUUUAAUAUAUGCACAAUUAGGGAUUUAUGCAUAGAGAUUUAAAAACAGAAAAUAUUUUAUUGUCUCUAAAUUACAUUAAACUGUGUGAUUUGGGUUGUGUUCGAGAAAUACCUAAGUAUGAAGAUAGAAGAAAUACCUUCUGUGGAACCGUAGAUUACAUUGCCCCAGAAGUCAUAAAAGAUGAAGGCUACGAUGAAAGAUGUGAUGCUUGGUAAAUUGCUAUUCUAGCUUACGAACUGGUAGCUGGAAACACUCCAUUUUCAGAAUUUCCAAGAGAUGAUGAUACUAUUAUGGAAAAUAUAUUAAAAAAUAAAUUUGACCUCCCUAAUUUCUUUUCUCCAGCUUUGAAAGAUUUUGUAAUAAGAGGAUUACAGUAGAGUCCAGAUCAUAGAAUAUCUAUAGACUAAAUGUUACUACAUAAGUGGAUUGUUGACAAUAUUAAGACAGAUAGAGAAUACGCAUUUUGA